GGGCUUGGCGCGUCCUGUCUCCCUCUCUGAGGAGGUCUCCCUCCAGCUCUCUGCACACAAAGGCACCACAUCCUGGGCUGUGGCAGCGAAUCGGAGCGAAAUCGGCUCCGGUUACAGCCGAGGGGCGGGAACACGGCUGUCUCUGCUGCUGCUGCAAGGCAGGGCUCCAUUUGCAGACCUGUCGUCGAGGAACAAGUGUCACGGUCGUGGGAGAAAGCCUCCAACCUCCGCCCUCUUUCCUUGGCCAAGACGCUUGUCCCUGUGAGUAGCCUUCAACCCCCGAAGCGUGGCUGGCAGUGGCUUCCAGAGCUCCAGAUUUCAGCUGCAAUCCUCUGCAAAUUGGCCAGGGAUUUGUUGUUUGCAGAGGAGCCAUCAGAAGAUAUGAAUAUUUGGUGCAGAUGACUGGAGCAACAACACAAACAGUGCUGGGCUGUUUUAAGGAAGUCCUGAGAGAAGCAGUGUUGUAGAAGAGGCCGUCAAUGCCAAACUUAACUUUGCAGGUAGCAUAUUAAACCCGGCAGUGAUUGCAUGUUCUCCUUCCGAUCCAAAGUGACUAUUGGGAAUGGAGCUCACAAAUGUUCAAGAUGUUGUUACCCAGCUGAACAUCCAUGGCCCAACACUGGCUUUCAGGAACAUUAGUUACUCCGUCAUCACGCCUUGGACGUUUCCUUUCAAAGGAAGAGAAGAAAAAGAAGUUCUCAGGGAUGUCAGUGGUAUUAUGAAACCUGGGAUGAAUGCAGUUUUGGGGCCAACUGGAAGUGGGAAAACCUCGCUCCUUGAUAUCCUAGCAGGAUGGAAAGACCCCAAAGGGCUUAAAAGUGGACAAAUCUUUAUGGAUGGGAAGUUAGUAGAUGCUAACUUUCAUAAGUGCUCUGCCUAUGUAGUACAGGAGGAUAUUCUGACAGGAACACUCAGCGUCCGUGAGAAUCUUCAGUUCUCUGCCAAUCUGCGGCUCCCAAUAAACAGGAGUAGCAAUGAAGAAAAGAAGUUCAAGGUGGAUGCCGUGAUACAAGAGCUGGGCCUGCAAGAUUGUGCUGACACCAAAAUUGGGACUGAAUUCCUGCGUGGUGUUUCAGGAGGAGAAAAGAAAAGAUGCAGCAUUGGCAUGGAACUGAUCACGUCACCAUCCCUGAUCUUUCUGGAUGAGCCGACCACAGGACUGGAUGCAAAUACAGCUAACUCCAUCAUGCAGCUAUUACACCAACUUUCCAGGAAAGGAAGGACAGUCAUCUUUUCUAUUCAUCAGCCACGCUUCUCUAUCUUCAAGUUGUUUGACCACCUGACCUUGAUGAACAAGGGGGAAAUCAUCUUUGCAGGGCCAGCAGAAGAAGCCACCACCUAUUUCAAUGGCAUCGGCUACUACUGUGAGCAGUUCAACAAUCCGUUGGACUUUUUUCUGGAUGUGAUCAGUGGAGAGGUUGUGCAGUCCCAGUUGAGAGAAGGCUUAGGCAGUAAAAAGGACAUCAAUUUCUCCAGCAACUCCUCUCUUGACAAGAGCGUGCUCUCCAACUAUUAUCGCCAAUCCACCUACUAUGAACAGCUGCAGGAGGACCUGAAAAGCCUACAGUCAUCUCAAAGCCAUUCCUUGGAUGUCGUUCCAUCCAAACCCAAAUACGUUACCUCAUUCAUCCACCAGCUAUACAUUGUGAGUUGUCGCAAUGUGAAGCAACUCCUGAGGAACCCCCAGACUUCCAUUGGUCAGCUCCUUUUGGGCAUUGUCUUCUCUGUGUUGGUUGGACUUAUUUACUAUCAAAUACCCAACACUCUCCCUGAAGCUCUACAGAACAGGUUGGGAGCCUUCUUUUUCAUGGUCCUCACUCAGAUCUUUGGGAAUCUGUCUGCUGUGGAGCUCUUCAUCUAUGAUAGAAAACUCUUCAUCCAUGAGAGCGCCAGGAGUUACUACAGGACCUCUGCCUUCUUUCUGGCCAAAGUAUUUGCCGAUCUCCUUCCCAACCGCAUCCUCCCUGUGUUGUUGUUCUCUUCCAUUGCGUACUUCAUGAUGGGUCUCAGACCCCAAGCAGAAGCUUUCUUCCUGUAUGUUUUGUCACUUAGCCUGACCAAUCUUGCAGCAGUGAGCAUGGCUUUCUUGGUGAGCUCCAGCGUCAACACUUUCGCCGUUGCCAACCUCUUGAUUGCCCUGCCGUAUGUCUUCAUGAUGGUCUUUGGUGGAUUUCUUGUGAACCUCAAUACCAUGCUGGACUGGUUGUCCUGGAUCAAAUGGAUCAGCAUUUACAGAUAUGGCAUGAACGCUCUAGCUAUCAAUGAACUCAAAGGACUAGUCUUCUACUUGAACUCUACCAGGGUCCCUGGAGAGGAAUACCUGAUUCAGCAAGACAUUGACUAUAGCACGUGGGGUUUCUGGGAGAACCAGCUUGCCCUCUUCUGUUUGGCAACUGUAUUCCUCUUCUUUUCUUACAUCCAACUAUUAAGAAUAAACCGUUGGAAGUAGACCAUCAUGGCGAGAAAACUUGCAGGCAUACAAUGCUCUGCUGCAAUCUUCUUGUCUACCAUCUGAAUAAAAUUAGGAUAUAUUAGCCUAAAUCCAAUUGUUAGUACCAAAA